AUGGCUUUUUCACCACUUUGCGGAGUUAAUUGUACCUCAAGACCCUCAGCUUCUACCAUAAAUACCUUCCUUACGAAAGCUCAACAUGAUGUUACUUUAACAGAUACAGAUACCAGAAUCUUCAUAAAGAAUAUAAAAACAGGUGUUACCAUGGAACAAUUUAGAAACUCUCUUCAAGAAUUCGGUGCUAUGCAAGUUUAUUUUUAUGAACCAGGAUCUAAUAAUGAUGGAUGGGCAUGGGUUGGAUUUGAAAAUAAAGAAGCAGCACUUAAAGUUAUCGAAGAAUCAGAGAAAAUGCAAGAAGAAAUGAAUGAAGAAAAUUUAAAUGAAAUGCAAAAUGAAGAUAAUGAAGAACAAGGAUCAAAUAGUUUUUAUGCUGAAGAUGAAGAUAAAAAAGAUGAAGAGGAAGAAGUAGAAGAAGAAGAAGAAGAAGAGGAAUAUUAA